UGAAAAAAUCAGCUGUAUCUGCUGCUGCCAGUGAAGUGUUGAGUGCUGAUGGGCGUUUCUAAUAAGAAUAAAAAUUCUUCUUUUUUUGUACACACAUAAAUUUCAAAUUUAAUUAAAACCAAUUAAAAGAAAUCUUAAAUUCAACCCUCUUGAACUGAUCUUUAAUUAAUUUCGUCGAAGCUUAGUGUCGGAGUGUGUGCUCAAGCUUGAGAUAUCGAGAAGAAAAACAAAGAGUUAUAGGAAAACCCCUCACAUAUUUUUUUCUAUCUUUCAAUUAAAAAAAAUCGAAUAAACUCUUUAGAAAUCGAAUAAAUCCAAGAACAAAAUAGAUUCAAAUCGGGUAAUUGGUGGUUGGGUGGUCUAUCAACCAACUAACAACUAAAUCAAGCCGAGCAAAGCUCCAAUUGCAAGUGCAGAAUCCUCGAAAUUCUAUACCACCAAAAUUUUCGAACCUCAAAGCAGUAGCAACAGCACAGGCAACAACGACAAUAUGCCACCGCUUAAGACAUACUCAUUGCACAAGGAGUUCUGUCGCAAUUCCGAUGGUGGUGGAGGAGGAGGUGGCGGCGGUGGGGGCAACUUCCUGAGCGGAGACGCGAAUUCCAAUACAGAUUCUUCGAGGCGUCCGCCGCCGUAUUCGAAUGCCCAAUUCCCGUUCAAGGUUUUGGCCAAUUUGAACAAACUACGUGAACAGUCACGAUUUUGUGAUGUGGAAAUCAUAGCUGGCGGAACGACAUUCAAUGCUCAUCGAGCUGUGCUCAGUGCUGCGAGUGCGUAUUUCGAGGCGAUGUUUCGUCCGGAAUUGGGUCUAAACGAGGGAAAACAGAAAUCGGUUAUUCUCCAUACUAUCGACGGAGAUAUUCUUCAUAUUCUUCUAGACUUUAUUUACACUGGACGAUGUGAAAUCAUUCAGACAAAUGUCCAAGAGCUGCUGGCCGCAGCUGAUAUGCUUCAAUUGCCUGAAGUGGUCGAGGGUUGUUGUGAGUUUCUGUGCCGUGAGCUGCAUUCGACGAAUGCUUUGGGUAUAUUGCGCUUUGCCGAGGCACAUAACUGCCUUUCAUUGGCCAAAAGUGCAUUGAACUAUGUGCAUUCGAAUUUUCCAGCAAUUUCCGUUGAAGAUGAAUUUCUCGAUACUCCGCAAACACUUCUAUCACAGCUUCUCACCUCUGAAAUGCUGCGUGUCGAUAGUGAAUCUCAAGUAUUCCAGGCUGCCCUUCGUUGGAUAAAACAUGAUGUCACUCAGCGCCGUUGUUAUGUUUUCGAUAUACUCUCGCAUGUCCGUUUGGCAUUGGUGCCAGUGAAAGUAAUCGAUCAAGCCCUUAAGGAUUGUCGUGACAUGUCAAUGAAGGUGGCUUUGCGAUCGAUUUGUCGCGAUAUUGCUUCCAAACGGGGUCAAUUGGUUCCGUUGCGUGUGUGCCCUCGAUUGCUUGCCAAAAAGAAUAUUUACAUCAUAGGUGGAUCGCGUCGAGAGACACCACGAACCUGGAAUCCAGCCGAUUGCAUCUUCGAAACGGUUGCUAAAUUUGACAUAUUCCGCCGGGAAUGGAGCGAAACUGCCCCCAUGGAAAUCGGGAGAAUCUUGCCGGGCGUGGCGGCUUUAAAUGGAAAGAUAUACGUAAUUGGAGGAGAGCGUGGAAGCCAGAUUCUGGCCAAUGGUGAGGUGUACGAUCCGCAGAAUGACAAUUGGAGUCCCAUAGCACCGAUGAUAGUGCCAAGGUGUGAAUUCGGCCUGUGCACUCUGGGACAGAAGCUUCUGGCUGUGGGUGGAUGGAUUGGAGAUGACAUAGGAGGAUCGAUGGAAUGCUACGAUCCUGAAAGUGAUACUUGGACAAUGAUGGGCGAUAUGCCAGAGGCCCGCUUCAGCAUGGGAGUGGUGAGUUUUGAAGGAUUGAUUUACAUAGUGGGCGGAUGCACCACCACCACGCGUCAUUUGCCCGAUUUGAUCAGUUAUAACCCCGUGACCCGGGAAUGGACUCCGCUAGCCAGAAUGCAAAUGGCUCGGUGUCAAAUGGGUGUAGCCAUUUUGGAUCGUUAUCUUUAUGUAGUUGGUGGUAAUAGUAGUCAUCAGGAUGUGUUGAGUUCGGUGGAACGUUAUAGUUUCGAUGAGGAUAAAUGGAUUACUGUGAGUCCUAUGUCAGUGAGCAGAGCUAUUCCGGCUGUGGCUGCUGCUGAUGGAUUACUUUAUGUGGCUGGUGGAGAUCAGCCAUGUGAAGUGAAUUUUUAUCGCGCUCAGGUUACAAUCAGUGCAGUAGAGUGUUAUGAUCCACUAUCAGAUACGUGGAAAAACUGUCCAGAUCUUCCAACCAGUCGAUCAGAGGCUGGUGCCGUAGUUGUUUAACAUAUUUAGUUUGUUUGUUAUUUUUAUUUUUAUUUAUUUUUUGUUUUUGUUUUAUUUCCUUGUUUAUGGCAAAUUUUAUCAAAAACGCUUGCGUACUGAUUUUUAACAAUAUUUUAUUUUAUUUUUAUUUGAAAUUUUUGUAUCUCAUUUUUUGUGUUUGGUGGUGUUUUGAUCGUUUUAAAAUUUUUAUUAAAAGAAACUAAAAAAUAAAGAACUGAGCAAAUUUGUAUUUAUA